UCAUGUUUAAUAUUUUUUGUUUGGGAGCAAAAAUAAAAAUCUGGAAACGAAACGCAAAGGAGAAAGAAGCAAUCGAUGGAAUUGGAAGUCGACGAAAACGACUUGAACGCCGCCGGCGCUGAAGUCUUCGCCAACGGUGGCCGGAAAGGCAUUCGCAUCCAUGGUUGGUUGAUCGAGUCACGUACUAACUCCAUUCUCAACUCCUCAACCGUUCAAGAGUGGGAAAAGAAACUUGAGACAUCUCAUUUACCAGAAAUGGUUUUUGGGGAAAACACUUUAAUUCUAAAACAUUUGAAUAGUGGCACUAAAAUUCACUUUAAAGCAUUUGAUGCUUUAUGUGGUUGGAAACAAGAAGCUUUGCCACCUGUUGAAGUUCCUGCUGCGGCUAAAUGGAAGUUUAGAAGCAAGCCCUUUGAGGAAGUGAUAUUAGAUUACGACUAUACAUUUACAACGCCUUAUUGUGGAAGCGGUGCUAUUGAGAUUGAAAAAGAAUUGAAUGGGACAAAGAUUUCUGAGGAAACCGGAAAUCUUCAUUGGGAAGACUGCAAGGAAGAAAUUGAUUUGGUUGCAUUGGCAUCUAAGGAGCCUAUACUUUUCUAUGACGAGGUGGUUCUAUAUGAGGAUGAACUCGCUGAUAAUGGAGUGUCACUUCUUACUGUAAAAGUGAGAGUCAUGCCAAGCUCUUGGUUUCUUCUCUUGCAAUUCUGGCUUAGAGUUGACGGUGUGUUGAUUCGACUGAGAGAAACUCGUAUGCACUGUAUAUUUGCUGGAAGCACAAAUCCUGUUGUACUUCGGGAGAGUUGCUGGAGAGAAGCUACAUUUCAAGCUCUGGCUGCGAACGGCCACCCUUUUGAUUCUGCAGCAUAUAAUGAUCCAAGCAUCAUCAGCCAGAAGCUCCCCGUUGUCAAGCGUACUACUCAAAAGCUUGUAAUUUCCUCUUAAAGUUAUAAGGCUGUAACUGCCCUUCAGGGUUUCUGAUCAAUUGUUAUCUUGUUUAUAUUUUAUUCUAACUUAUAGCAAGGCCAUUGAAAUUAUCACUUGGUUCUUAUGAGAUAAGCUCAAGUAGGGAUGCAUGCAAAAUUUGUUUUGUACUUUCACAAAGGCGGGGGGGGGGGGGGGGGGCUUGAACUUAAUGAGAAGGAAAUGCAUGUAACAGAGCAGACACUCGCAUGCUAACCAUUUGAGGGUGGUUUGUUUGGGUUACUGAAAAACUUAGUAUCCAAUAGUUUGGCUCAUUUUCCUGUAUCAUUAGUGUAUUUUGUUCAGGAAAAAUGCUUUUUAAUCAACUGAAAUGCCUCUGGCAGAUAUCAGUUGUCACCCAAUUAUAUUGUUAUUGGAUAACAAAGCAUAGUGUAUGUUUACCAUAUCAUGAA